CAAACACUUGCCACCAACAACUCACGCCAAUCCAUCGAACUCAUCACCGGCACUUCGAAAGUCGAUUCUCCAUUCGAUUAACUCCUACACCACCCACGAAUAACAUCGAAACACCGUCAACAUGGUUCUCGCCGUCGAUCUCCUCAACCCCACGCCGCAGGCCGAGGCCCGCAAGCACAAGCUGAAGCAACUCGUCCCCGGCCCGCGAUCCUUCUUCAUGGACGUCAAGUGCCCCGGCUGCUUCACCAUCACCACCGUCUUCUCCCACGCACAAACCGUCGUCGUCUGCGCCGGCUGCUCGCAAGUCCUUUGCCAGCCGACCGGUGGCAAGGCGAGACUCACAGAGGGCUGCUCUUUCCGGAGAAAGUAGAUGGAGGAUGGAUGGAGAGGAUAGAGGUGGGGGGUAGAUGGACGGAUAGGCGGGGGCAGGACAUGCGGUGUCUGCCCCGUCCAUCUCCCGAACUCCUUCGAAGCAUGGAGCGAUUCGAGCGCAAGAACUAAGGGACGCGGCGUUGGGGGCACGUUUUGCAAUUGCAUUGGAGGCGAGAUGGCGAUUUCUCGGUGAGCUCUGACUGCGAGGGCGAGGAUACCGGAUAUAGACCCCGUCGAGGAUGCCAUACCCUUGCUCAUCGUUGUUUGUUUCGAGUAGCUGCAACUCAUCAAAAACUUGAACCUAUGAAAGUGACUGUGUGCCUC